AUGAGUUCUGACUAUUCUAAACAAUAUGAAGACUUUAUAGGGGCGCUUGAAAAGCUCUUCCACAUAAAAUCUAAUGAGCCUAUCGAAGAUAUGUGUAAUAUAAUUACAAAUACUUUGAUUUCGAAAUAUCAGCUUUCCAUCAAGCAUCUUGCAAAGUUAAUUCGUGAGGCAAUUAGAUAUAAUUAUGCAUCUGGUGCGAAUUACUUCAAAAUACUCAAACAUAUCGGCGCCGAUUUCUUAUUCGCGGAUUUAGAAUUUGAAAAGGAAGAUUCGAUCCAAUAUAUAGUUAUGCAUGAUCAAAUUGAUAAGUUCAAAGAAUACUCAGUUCAGCAUUCAAUAUUGGGUGAUAAAAAAUUUCUCAAAAUUACUAAUUUUGAUAUCGAUUCUUUCUUCGAAGAUGUUGAUGUAGAAUUAACACUUAUCGAAGCUUGUGCCUAUUUUGGAUCAGUUAACAUAUUUUAUUUCUUAAUUUCAAAUUAUAAUAUUAAAAUAACUGGAAACUGUCUUAGCUACGCAGUAAUUGGAGGAAAUCAAGACAUCAUCAACGAAUGCAUGAAAGAAAAUAAAAUGGGCAUUGAUUGUCUCAGGAGUAUUAUAAGAACACACAAUCAUAAAUUGUUUGAAUAUGUUUUAGAUAGAAGUUUAUACAGAUUUUCUGAUUUAUACGGAAAGUAUUGGUAUUUGCCAAAAGAAAAUAAUUUGAUGAAUGACAAAAAAUAUAAAUCCAUUUAUGAAGAUAUCAUCACAUAUCAAAACCUUAAUGCUGUAUUUAUUCUAUUCAAAUGA